AGCGCAAGGAGGCGGGUCCCUUUGCCGCGUGCUUUUUCGGGGGUCAGGCGGCCAAGGAGGAGGGUGCGAUGGCGCCCAGCACGGAAUGCGGGAAGGAAGGAAGCCUCGGCCGUGGCGUCCGGAAAGGCAUCCGGGCCGUGUUGUUGGGGCCGCCCGGGGCGGGAAAGGGGACCCAGGUGAGGGAACCCAGGCUCCUCGGCUUGCUGAAACCUAUUGUGUGUGUCACUUGGCAACUGGGGACAUGUUGAGGGCUAUGGUGGCUUCUGGCUCAGAGCUGGGGAAAAAACUGAAGGAGACGAUGGAUGCGGGAAAGCUGGUGAGUGACGAAAUGGUGGUGGAGCUGAUUGAGAAAAACCUGGAGACUCCCUCCUGCAGAAAUGGCUUCCUUUUGGAUGGGUUCCCUCGCACAGUGCGGCAAGCAGAGAUGCUGGAUGAACUCCUGGAAAAGAGAAGAGAGAAACUAGAAUCUGUCAUCGAAUUCAAUGUUGCUGACUCCUUACUCAUCCGGAGAAUCACUGGACGACUGAUCCACCCAGCAAGCGGCCGUUCCUACCAUGAGGAAUUCAACCCUCCUAAGGUCCACAUGAAGGACGAUGUCACUGGGGAACCCUUGAUACGCCGAUCCGAUGACACCGAAGGAGCUUUGAAAACUCGCCUGAAGGCUUACCACACCCAGACAACGCCACUGAUUAAUUACUACACCAGACGUGGGAUCCAUGCGGCCGUUGAUGCUUCCCAGUCCCCUGAUGUGGUUUUUGCCAGCAUCCUGGCAGCUUUCUCAAAAGCAACAUGUAAAGACCUGGUUAUGUUUGUUUAGGUUUCCUCUUCUUUCUGAUCCUUCCUUCUCCUUUCCUGUCUUCUGGGGUCGACAAGAGCAAGCUGUAAGGAGGGGGCACAAAGUGGCCGGGGAAGGAAGGUUGGAGAAACUGCCCAUUAAAACGAAAUUGUUGUGCUCUCUCCAAUUUGUAUGUAUGUAUUUUUUGAUAUAUGGAAACACUUUUGGUCUCUUAUGUGCGGAUGGCCUGCAGAGGGUGCAGAUGACUCACACGCUACCCUUCUGGGCCUCAGAAGUGGGUUGCCCCUGAAAGUGUUUUGGUACUUAUCAGGGUAAAAUUGGAAAAUUGCUGCAGUUUCUGCUGUUCCGCCUACAGGUCAGGUGGCUGGGUGCAAUGCACAUAGGAGCACUGAAGGUCACAAAUGCGUGGCUGCGGGGAGGAAAGUUGUUGGCUGGCCUCAUCCUGAGUUCUUGUUUCUGAACUGCAGGAACUGAAAUGCUGUGUCAGCUUAAAUGAGGGUGUACAGAAGCGCAGAUAUGCGUGCACCUGUGUGAAGAGAUGUGUACAUCCUGUGUUAUGCUUGGGCCGAGCAAAACCUAUAACCAGCACGUCAGUGGAUGUUUCCAGUGCAGGGCUUGUUCCAUACUCCCAUAAUCUCAAGAUGGAAGCCUGAGUAUUGGUAGUCAGUAAAGAAUUUAGAAUCUCUUUUGACUCUUCAUUUUUUUAAAAAAAACUUCUAGUCCUCAUGGCUGCCUAGAAGCUGUGAAACUGUGAGGGAGGCUCAGGAGAAUUUUCAUUGGUCAUGGAGUGGGCCUCUGUGUUCUCUUCAUGGCUAACAGAAGCCAAAUAAAUAUGUUGAAUAGGACACUAGAUGCAAAAGUGUCUACUCUGUGUAACUUCUUCAGGUUGGAGAAUAUGUUUUUUGUCUGUGCGUGCAGAAGUUCUGUUUCCUCGCUGGUUUAGCAUAUUCAUGGACAAGUCAUAAUUUGCACAAGAUGGCAACAUUGAGGGCCAGAUUGGCAAGGUAAGAAUGCAGGCUGAGAGUAGGCUAUGCAGUGAUUUGUUUCAACAUGGGGCAAAGGUGCAAUAUAACCCACGCUUCCUACUCUUCAUCCUCCUCUGGCAGUUUUGUGGUUCUACCAGGAUGUAGGCUGGAUUGCAGUUAUGGUGGAGAAACUGAAAGCACACUUCACAAGGGUCUGGUGGAGCCUACCUGCUGUUGCCCUGUAUUUGUGGUAAACUUAAUUUAUUCAUGAGAAUUGACUUUGUAUCCCUCUAAGAUAGCUUUUGGCAACCCAUGCCCUCCAGAUGUUUUGGACUACAACUUGCAGCAUGGCUGGAGCUGAUGAGAGCUGUAGUCCAAAGCAUCUGGGGGGCAUGGGUUGGCCCAGGGGCACUGAGAGUGGCUCUGUUUUUGCCCUUCAGUUGGUGAUACACGAAUGGUGCCUUGGCAGUCCUCUCUGCAGUCUUGUAUUCUUCCAGAAUACCCUGAAAUAAGGACCCAAGGGGCACUUGCAGCAACCUUGGGUUGUUCAUUCUCGAUCAGUUCUGUGAAUUGACUUCAUGUCAUUUUUGCCAACUUUGGUGAUAUCCUUGACAGGCACUGGUGUUUUCUCAAGACACACAGCAAUAUUGCUGGGGUGCAGGUGGGUUGGGAGGGAGCUUUAAUUUUGUAGAAUGUUUCCAUCUGCGGCACUUGCCAUGCCAGUUUGCAGCUAAGUUUCUUGACUUCACAUGACUAUUGAAGCUGCUGGAGUCUGUACUGUGCCUUGCUACGACGCAAUAAAGGUGUGCAUUCUGGCAUAUGUGGAUAUUGCUGCCUACCUUCUGAGGUCACAUUUAUAUCUGCCUGUUGGCCUUCCAGCCUUCCAACUCUCUGGCCAUUCUGUAUGUUGAUAGAUCCAGGGCUGUGAAGUACAGAGUGCCCUUGGCAGGGGGGAGGGGGAGCGAAGGCAUUGUGACUGUCCACUGACCUGUGUCCUUGUCUCUUUCCCCUUUUCUUUUUAGUCCUUCCUUUAAUUAUUCUUACAUUCUUCUUAAAUGCAUUUUUGCUCUGGAUGAUUCUUCUUAAAGAACCAUGCUCCUCUUUUGAUUAAAUAGGCUGGAAGAAUAUUUCACUGCCCAAGAACAUAGCACAGAGAAAACUUAGCCCAUUGAACAGUGUAGUCUAUUGUGAAGCAUUUUGCAGAUUUGAAAGAAGAUUUUUCGCUGUCCUGAAAUGAAAA